CAUCGCGCUCAACGUGUACGUAAUAUAUGACGUACUGGAAGCGGCACAGACAUUAAAGGUUUCAGCAUCCCUUGACGUGUCGUGGCUUGAUGAAAUGUUAACUUGGAGACCGGUGGACUUUGACGGCAUUCAAACCUGUGUUUAUCCGCAAGACAAUGUUUGGAAACCGGCGGUGGCACUGAAAAACACCGUCAACGAUGUCAAAACACUUGGUGAUCCAACAUUGAACGUGAUUGUUCAUCCUAAUGGAACGAUGCUAUGGAAGCCUUAUCAGGUGUUCGAAACUAGAUGCACAUUUGAUAUCACGUAUUAUCCGUUUGACAAGCAGUCCUGUGAGAUGAUAUUUGUGACUUGGGGUUACACCUCAUCGGGAAUUCGCCUUUGGGGUCUCGGAGAAGGAGCAUAUUGGGACGACCUGACGCCUAACCAAGCAUGGACGUUGAAGCAUGUUGGCUAUGCUACGUUCGAAGAACCAAUGCCAAUGAUAAAGUUCUACCUGAUGUUGGAGAGAAAACCCCGUUAUAUCCUUAUGAACCUGAUUCUCCCAUUGAUGAUUUUGAUAUCAUUGAACACUUGCGUAUUUCUCUUGCCCUGUAACAGCGGGGAAAGGACCUCUUUCAGUGUUACAGUUUUCCUUGCGUUUACUGUAUUUGGUACAAUUGUGCAUGGUACUUUGCCUGUGAACUCGGAAAACGUUAGCUAUUUGUCCAUCUUUAUACUGGCUCACGUACUGGAAAGUGCGUUGAUUACGAUAUGUUCCAUUCUGCUUAUACGUGCAGACAGACGUACGGACGAAGUCCCGGAUUGGCUACCCUGUCUUACUUCUAGGCUGUGUCGCAGGGCAAAACGAAUCUCUGUCGAGGAGAACGAUGACGAAACGGAACACGAAACUGUGAAGAAACAGAUCCACUGCAUUCAUGACAAGAAUGACAAGAACCAUGUCGUUGGUAGAUUGUCUCCUACUGAGAUGGAUUGGCCGUCUGUCAUACAAUGUCUCGACUGGUGUUUGUUUUGCCUGGUUGCAUUUGUAAAUGUACUGCUUACACUCGUUUUCUUCUUAAUUAUUCGGAUGAAAUGAAAAGAUAAGCAAGCUUUGGCACACUAGUAUAUUCUAAAGGGCCUAAGGAAGUACGUUUAUGACAGAACUCCUUUCUGAUACGCAAUUUUCUAUAUGCACAUGUAAUCCACAAGCAGCAUCAGAAAACCUGGGUACCUUAUAUAAAAAGUUAUACUUAAGGUAUUAUGGCAAUUAAUACGCAAUUGCUAAAAGAUUUACAGUGGUCAACAAUCGUCACAUGAGGUAGAAAUACCUAUUUUCUGCACCUUUCUUUCAAAUUAAACACGGUAACCUUCAUAAGAACCAUUAUUUCGAUAUUAAUUCAUUCUUUUCGGUAAAUUAAACAAUUGUAUUAAUUGUGGUACAUCUUAUUUGGGAGUUAGAGUGCAUCUUUAAGACCAUUUUAACUAUUUUUAUAGUCUUUCAAAACUUAUUUUCAUAUCAUAUAGGUGAUGAAACAGUUUUAAUAGU